AGUACGAUUUGAGCAUGUCAGGGAAUGAAAACAAUCAAUAUCGAAGCUUUUCCUAGAUGAAUAUCGCCGGAAAACAUUUAUGCUGUGGAUUUCAUUUUUUAAUGAACCAAGUAGUGAAAGGUGUUUAUUAAAUUUUGAAUAAUACUGUGUGUUACAGUAAUUUCAUAAAACAGGUUCGGAAAACGUUAAUACAAAAAGUGUUAUUUUCACCGCUAUACGUAUAAAAAUAUUUUGCGUCAUUCGUAAUAAUAGUAAUGUGUCAGUAAAGUGUGAGUAAAAAAAUUAUUUUUACCGUGGUGAUUCAAGAGUGUUUUGUUUACUGGCACUUUGUCGAAUGUAGCUAGGAAAACAAAGGAAGAAAUAGGAAAAGUUGUUGAAAUGGCAUCUAAAGUUAUGGUGAAAAUACCUGUCGCGCCUUUCGGCAAGAUGAAUAAAAAGUCUGGUAACGUAAAUAGUGAACUAGUCGUUUCUCGAACCACUGAUGUUCCAAGUCGACCCAUUGAAGGUUCCAGAGGAACAGAACAGACUAGAAUAUCUCAACUGGAGCAGAACAUUAGGUUUUUACAAGAGCAGCAUCAACUAAUGUUGACUGGAUUACAUAAUGAAAUUGAAAAUUUGAAAACUAGGAACAGAGAGUUGCAAUUUCAAUUGGUUUUUGUUAAGGGAGCAGGAACACCUAGUUCUCCAUCUUCGCCUGAAGAUGAUACGAAACACAAGGUAUACUCCAGCCCAAAACCUUUUAACACAACACCUCUCCAAGUGGAAAUUUUGGAGAAGGAGUUGGCGGAAAUGAAACUACAAACUCAAGAAAUUGAAAGCAGGAACGCUUAUUUAUCUGCAAUUGUGGAUGAGCAAAAGAAAAAAUUAGAAAGAUACGAACGAGAUCGCGAAAAAGAACGAGAGCGUGGUGGUCAACCGGAUCCAGAAAUUCUUCGUAAGCUUGAUGACGCAGAAGCGAUUAUUCGGAGAUUACGUAGAGAAAAUUCUGAUCUGCGAAGAGAAAAUUCGGAGCAUUGUAAUCAUCGGGAGUUUUCAUACUCCCAUCAAAGGAAUGGAGAUAACGGUUAUGGAUCACCUAGAAAUGGUCAGGGACAGUAUUCUGGAAGAGGAAAUGGUGGACGCCAACGGGGAAAUGGUGGACAUUACAGAGGCAACUGGUUUCCUCCCUUACAUUCUCAAAGUUACUGGCAAGGUGGUCGUAACCAAGAGAAAUCACUAGCUGGAGAAAAUGGCGGAGGUCUCCCAAAUCUCCAAGGAAACGAGGGUCAUUAUCAGAGCAGGCGAGGCUCCAAUAAUAACCAUUAUAAUAAUGGUGAAAAUCGGAAAUAUAGAGGUGGUCAAAAGCAUGGCAAACAAACGUAAUUGGGGUAAUUACGUUAGAAUCCUUAGAUGCUUUUAAAGGCUGUCAUAUUUUUUAUUAAUAUAAAUGUUGACUAGGUAUUCCUUUCCCAGAUGGCAAAAACUGGCGUGAAGGAAUAAAAGGCAAAAUUAAAAAUACGUAAUAAUGAUUGUGAAAUUUCUUUAAAAACAUGUGAUAAAAGUUAUUGGAUAUACAGCUUGGACAGAGUGUUAUUCGAACCGUUCAUGGUUAAGAGACUUUAUAAUGCCAUGGAACAUUUUGAUGGCCAAUACUUGAUCAUUACCUUCACUCGCAUCAAAAAAUAGAUUUUUGGAAUUUUGUUAAAAUGGAUAUCUUCACACAUUCAAUUCAAUAUAUGUAAAUUUUAAACAGUAACUGUUCUCGUAAAUACUUUGGGUCUUACUCAAUUUUAUUUCAGCUAUUCAAAGCACUAUCUACUCCCUAGAUUUUCCUUAGAGAUAGACACUUGAGACACAGGAAUUAUUUAUUAUACUAAGGGUCCAAUUUGUUUAAAAUUUUUAUUGAAUAUUUGUUCCAAUCAGUAUUUAUGAAAAAUUGGUACGUUAUUUUCAUUUAUUCCUAUCACUUAAGUUCAUAGAAUCUAAAAAAAAUAUUUUUUACAGUGUAUAUUUUUAUAUUUGAAUUAAACUUGUAUUUAAUUUCUUGAUGCAGCUUCAAUAGCUUCAGAAUAGAAUGAAUGAAAAUUAUUUAAAAUAUUAUUUACAAAAUGAAUUAUUCUUUUCAUAUAUGUAAAAUAACGGUAAUCAGUGGCUCAACAGUUACACUUCCAAAAAAUAUCUAGUGGAAAUAGUUGAUCAAUUUCCAAGUUGUAUAUUUGAUAACAAAAUAUGGAGUUUGUCAAAAAUAAAGUGAAAGAAUUUGUGAUUUUUCCACCUGGGAUCUAGCAUUUCAACUCAUUAAAUAAAUUUUUCAAUUUUAAAUCCAAAAAUUCGUAUUUGGAUAAUUAGUCGUUUCUUUUUGUCCCCAAACAACAUGCCAAACCAAUGAACUUCCUUUCAUGUAUGUAGUGUACUUUUCAAGAAUUGAAAAAGAAUGGAAAAAACGUGUUUUUUAAUUUGAAUUUAUAUUCCAUAGAGUUUAUAGAAAUAACUGAUAAUGUAUUACUGUUGAUAUUUAAAAUGUGUUUAAAAUUGUAGUGGAAAAAAAAAGCUAAUAAGAUAUUUUGUAACAUUUGCGAAAGUUUUAGCGAUAUAGCUACGUUAGGUUUAGUUAGGCAGUUCUGGUGGGCACAUUUUCUCCUUAGCAGACAUCACACUCCAUAAUAUACUGACGAAUAAUUUUUGGAAAUCAAAAUAUUGAAAUUUAUUGUACUCAAGCAUGUCUGUAUUAUUAUCAAUAGAAUAUAUUCUAUAUGUUUUUAGAGCUAUUUAUUAUAUCAAUUAUUUAUAAUUUACAUUCUUUUAGAUACUUGUGAUAAAACAAUAUCUGAUGUAUGAUGUUUCUUAUAACUUCUUAUACUCUAUAUAAGUGAGUACAUCACGUCAAUUAUCUCUAUUGCAUACAGUGAGUAGAUACUUUUUUACUUAUAUCAUAUGUAUAUAUGAAGUUGACAAUAUCUGUCAAUAUAAAAAAUACAUACUUGAUAUCAUUUUGCUAUGGUUAUAAAAUUGUCUUACUAAUAUAAUUAUAUUUAUCACAUGUUAAUUGCCAAUAUUAUUGAUGGGCUUUCUACCUCUCUGGCUCACUUUCGACUUAACAGGAUAUUUAACUCGACACCCGAUAUCUAAGAUGCCAAUUCCACACCAUAGCCAUCACGGACAAUCCGGAAUGCAGCUGGAGGAGAAAGAAACUACAGACCACGUCAUCAUUCAGUGGCCCGCACUCAUACGUACAAGGUUCAGGGGAAAGUGUCGUACCAUCGCUCCGAAUCGACCUUACAGCAGUAACUAAAGGAGGUGCCCGAAACACCAAAAGAAUAUGGAAAACAAACCAGCAACGAGCACCACACAAACAGGAAGCAACUAUGCACUAGCUGCUAAGAAAACGACAGGACAAAGAACGCCCGAGCUUCUGAGUACUGCAGAACAUGCAGACACUCAUAGCAACACUAAUCGCCCAACAGGUAAAGUAAAACCGAGGAUAACAGGAUCAUUAAGUUAGGUGAGUGAAAAUAUUUCCAAAACACAAAAUCAGAAAAAAACAAAUUAAGACGUCCAGAAUAAGAAGCCAACAGGCUAAUCUCUUAACAGAUUAUCCCAUAGAAAACAGGGGAGAGGAAGGAGUCUACGCGCGAGACUGCGACGCGAAUGAGGAUGGGGACCUGUCGAAUAGAAAGGGGGUUGGUGGAAUGUUCUUCGCACCCAUCUGUUGAUUUAUCCGGGGGUGGAUGCUUAGAGGGACGAGAUUUCUCACGCGCACGUGUGCGUGUGUGCCUACGGCAGUCUGGUUCACUUCGUCGGACUAGAACCUUCUCGAAUUGCGCUCGUUAAAAUGUCAGACAUCGUCCUUGGAAGACCUCUGACACCAAAUGACUCUUUAGUUAGAAUGGAGGCAAGAACAAGUGGCCUUGCUCAUCACUUCAAGAGGUAUGCAUUCAUUUUGUCACGGAGAAGAGGAUCAUCUCCUAUUGACAAGGCCUUCCUGAAGGCGACGACGACAAGAGUAAUCCUCAGGAUUUACCUAGUUACGUAAAAAGGUUCAAGCCAAUAUACACAUUUAGUUUUUCGAAGGACAUCGGCCUUUGGUAGCUGCAAGUGGGUUAAGACGAACCUAUCAGAAAGCGCAAACUAUAUUAUCUACACUUAUAAUUGAAAUUAAGUGAAGUGAAUCUAGUAUAUAAAAGUAUUUGAAAAGGCCACCUAUGUCGCCUUUACAAAGUUGUCGAUUACAAUAGCUCUGAUAUAUAACCGUAUCACUUUUUCUUUCAACACAUUAGACUAGCUUGGUAUAUAUGUAUAUUUGAACACCUAGAAACGUCGCAUCCCUUUGAAAUUUCGUAUCAUCAAGGACCAAUAACAGUAGAAUUUCAUAAAUUCACACCAUGAUCCUAAUCAAGAUUAACAGAUUUCGCAAUUAUUUUAUAUCAGAUUUCUGGUAGUACUUUGUACCAACUAAGAAGGCAUGUGCACAGAUAUACUUAUUAUUUAAUUUAAUCAUCGAAGUAAAACGCGGUAUGAUCCCAAAAACAGUUUAACAACCACUUAUCUCAUCAAAAGAAGGAAGCAAAUGUAAAAUUUACCCACUUUUUAAAAAAUUAUGUACUUUAUAUAUAAAUUAAUAAUAGUGUAAUAUUUCUGACGGUGGGGUAUCUCUUACUGACUUAAUUUCUUUACACACUUGCACUAGACUAUAAUAAUUAAAAUCGAUUACUUAUAUAAUUUAUUUAAAUUUACUGAUUUAAACCAGAAAUAAUUUAUAAAGUAAUUCUAUAAAUUAAACAAACAAACAUAUAAAUGAAAAGGCCUUUCUAGAAAUUGUUUUUUUUUUCAGCAAAAUGUUGUAGUUAUACAGACAAUAGCGACGAAACAGUUCAUUUUUUAAAAUCCCACAACGAUGACGUUGCGUUUUUGUCAAAAUUGCAACAAUAAAUUCACGGAAAUCCAUUUUGAAUUUAACUUACCCCAGUCCGUGUGAAAUAUUUAUUCCAAACUACAUGUGUUUAUCAAAGCGUUAUUUUGAAAGCUUACUCAAGAUGUUUGUUAUACUUAUCACUAUCGCUUAUAACAUUUACGGUCUUUUUACAUUAGUAGAAUAGUAAUUGCAGCAGUCACGAAAGUGAGUUUCUAGUGCAAUGUACUUAUAUGUAUGUGUAUACUUAUUAUAUUUCUAACAAUGAACUAGUACUUCUGAAUAACCUACAAUACAGAUAAUUGACGUGGUAUAAUUUGAAGCCUGCUCUAAAUGUGAUCAAAAUCAUAGGUGUGGUGGGAAACACUAGGAGGACCACACCAGUAAAGAAGCUUUAAGUGAAUCUUUUUAUCGGCUACACUAUUCGUUCCACCUUGUCAACUAUCUACCUACGCCUAUGAUUGUCCUUAAUAUAUGAAAGUGUGUAUAUGCAUAUAUUCAUCUAAUGUACACAUAUUUGAGAAAAGACAUUAAAAUAAAAACAUACUAUA